GACGUGUUUCCUUUCAACCCCAUCGCAUAUUGUGAAACCAUAUCAAUUGGAUAACAAAGUGCGAUAUAUUUUGCAGAAACAAAUAAUUCCAUCAUCCAUGACUCUACUAUGCUACUGCAUUGAUGUUUUCUAUGAUGGAUCAAUAUGGAGAGGGAUAAAAACGGAUGUGGCGACUCGGAGCGUUUAGCAGACAAGGAAACGUUUUGCGAGGAUCUCUAUAAAUUUAGCGGGCACAGCGACAACUCUCAAGAGAUCGAUGAGUUAGCAGUGUUACUGAAGCAAGCAAGGAAGAGAAAUUCCCCCGACCGAACGCUCUCGCGAACUCCCGGAUCAGAGAAGAGCACCACCCUCCCAGAUUGCCACAAUCUUAAACGUCAAAAGGUCCCUGAUGCGCAGGAAAUUGCUAGUACUAUGAGAUCUGACAAGCCCGCAUCUGCGAGAUCUGCACUUCCGAAAAGGCGACCAACACUGGAUGGUGUUGGUGGGAACAUCCCGACGUCCAAGAGAAGACGCGAGUCCACCGUUCGAGUGCGUCCGGAGCACCAGCAAAUCUUUAAGGAGAUGGUGUUUUUUUUCAUCCCUAAUGAUGACAUCGCUCCCGCACGUCGCAUGCGAAUCAAUAAGGCACUCGAAUUUGGAGCCUCCCGCUCAUCUACCUGGGACGACACUGUCACUCAUGUGAUCGUGGAUAAGGCGAUUUCUUUCACUGAUGUAUUGAAAUACUUGAGAGUCGAUGCCUUGCCACUAUCGGUGUCUCUGGUAAACGAAUCAUAUCCGACUGAAUGCAUCACCUUUGGGUCCCUUAUGAACGCGUCUCAUGCUCGCUUUCAUGUUAGUGGAGCUCCGGCCAAGAAUAACGAAGCCUCCAAAUCAGAUGGAGAGCCUGCCGUGCGAGAUUCACCAAAGCUAAAAUCUUCGCGCAAUGGGAUUUACCAAGAGACCCCCGUUCCGUCCCCAUCACCACCGACCAACGAAGGGCUUCAAGACCCCCUAGUUCCGCCACCUUCUGACACUCAUCGUAAAGAUGACUGCGCCGAUGUAGUAGAGCAGUGUUCCCAGAAGGGACAUGAUAUUUUAGAUGAGCUGAUUAAACAAGCACGUGCAGAGAAGGUUCUGCCUUUAGAUCAGUCAGAAGAGGAGGACGUAGACACAGCUUCAACCAUAGACGAAGUAGAUUCAAACUCCGAUUCGGAAGCUGAGAAACUAAAUGAGGCAAAGAAGAAGAAGAAGAAGAAGAAGAAGAGGUCCACCGGAAAUCCACAAUGGCAACAGACCUUUAGCUGCAUGCACAAGCAUGAUGGACACACGGAUCGGGAUAAUCCCAACGCUCGUACGAUAGAGAUUUUACAGAAAAUGUCAGAGUACUACGACCGCAUUUCAGAUCAAUGGCGCACACUCGCGUAUCGAAAGGCUAUCAGCGCUCUGAGGAAGCAGAAAGAGAGGAUAGUCACGAGAGAACAAGCGGUUACAAUCCCUGGCAUCGGCGAGCGACUUGCCGCUAAAAUUGAAGAGAUCGUUUGGACAAACAGACUCAGACGACUCGAAGAAGCCAAUGCAGAGCCGCAUGAUGUACUUCUUUCACAAUUUCUCAAUAUUUACGGAGUCGGGUUUGCCCAGGCUUCCAAGUGGAUUCAGCAGGGCUACCAGUCAUUGGACGACCUGAAGGCCAAGGCCUCUCUGACAAAGAACCAGAAAAUUGGCAUUGAACAUUACGAUGACUUUUGCCAACGAAUUCCACGCGCGGAGGUGGAAGCACAUGGAGCAAUUGUGAAGAAGCUACUCUUUACAGUAGACCCAGCCGUUCAAGUCAUAAUAGGAGGGUCUUAUCGUCGUGGCGCAGCGAGCAGCGGAGAUAUAGACCUCAUCAUUACCAAAGACGGUGCCACACAAGCGGAGAUCUGCGCGUUGAUGACAGACAUAGUUAUCCCGGCCUUGUUCCAGCAAAAUUUUCUGCAAGCAAGUCUUGCAGUAGGCAGACGAGGAGAGAGUUCAAAGUGGCAUGGGGCAUGUGCAUUGCCUGGAAGCAAAAACCCCGUCUGGCGCCGGAUAGAUUUUCUGUAUGUUCCUGGCGAUGAGAUUGGGGCCGCGCUAAUUUAUUUCACGGGCAAUGAUAUUUUCAACCGGAGUCUGCGGCUGUUAGCGAGUAAGAAGGGUAUGUGUUUGAACCAGCGGGGGCUGUUCACUGGCAUUAUACGAAGGGAGAACCGGGUCAAGCUGAACAGUGGACGUCUUAUUGAGAGCCGGGACGAGAAGAGAAUUUUCGAGAUACUUGGUGUGCCGUGGCGUCCGCCCAACCACCGCAUCUGCUAGUUAUUAGGAUAGGAUAUUUAAUGAUAAUGAUAAGGAUAAUGACAACGAUAUAGUUUCUUGAUACAGAGUUCAGUCACAUGACGAUUUCGGACAUACAUUUUUCCGCUCUCCAAAGGCGGUCUGCGUAAAGAC